CUUUUACUUCACUGCAACCGAAAACCCUAAUUGGAAUCUGAUAUUUGAAGUUUGUUGAAGAAUGUGUGAAGUGCUUUCGUAUUAUAUCUGGCGCCGGUUGAGUAAAAAUGGAAAUUUUAGAGUAUCUAUGAAUACAAAAAAAAGGAAACUGAAUAACGCGCGUCGAUCUUAAGUUACAUGCAAAAUCUUCAUCAAAUACAUCUUAACCGUUGGAUCAUAAGUUCCAUGCUAAACUCUUCAGGUUAAUUACUAUUUACUACUUAAAAAAAAUCUUUAUGACAAAAUACAAAAUUGGUUAAAUGCUUUAUAUCUAUCAAGUUCAAUGUGUCUAUUAAUUAGAAUCCUUAGACGGUCUUUUUCUUAUGUAAAUUGGACUACAUAAUCACUUAAUUCAUCGAACAAAACAAAAAACUUACAAAAUCAUAUUCAUCAUGGCGAUCAAGAGUUUGUUUUAUUAUUCCUAAGAGAUAUAUGCAUAGCAGGUUCAGUAAAUACGUACUCAGCUAGCGCAGUUUUAACCAAAUACAUGAUCGGUGAAUUUGGUAUCAUAAAUCUCGGUCAUUGUAAAGCUUGUAUGGAUGCUGAAGCUAAUUACAAAUCAUAUACUCCAUUCAAUAUGUUUUUCCCUAUAUUAUAAUGCAACAAUGCUCCCAAAUAGCUGGUCCUCCAACAUCAUUGUAAGAUCAAAUAAAAAUAAUAAUGUAAACCUUUAUUUUAUUUUAUUUUUAUUUUUUUGUAAACCUUAUAUCUUCUAAGUGAUCUUAUAACAAUGUUCCUAAUUUCUUAUAUUUCAGUUAAUUAUAAAAGCAUUUAGGGUUAAUAUUUUCACUAUCGGUAAUGAUGUCAAGAAUUGAAGUUAAUGAAUUAUCAGAGAAUAGUGUAAUGAUCAGCUGCUUUUUUUUUACGGUUCGAUGCAAACUCAUGCCAUAAGGCAUAAGGUUAUGGUUAUGGCAUAAGGUUAACAAAAAUGUAAACUGGGUCGGCCCAAGAUAAAUUAUUAUAUAUUCAGACCAGCAUAACAAUGUGAAGCCUAGAGCCAGUGAUAUGAACGUACAUUUAUCUAUUUAUCUCAACAAACAAACAAAUAUCGUACAUGGAAAAACUAUAUCUUGAAUGCUUUAAACGUAAUUAUAUGCAAAUAAUAUAGUGUAUAUUUUAAAUAUUUCGUUAUAAAUUAGUUUGAAGAUAUAGAAUAUCUUAAUGUUUUAGCAUAGUUAUAUGGAAACAAUAAUAUAGUAUGUUUUGAAGAUUUUGUUCAAAAAUGUUUAAAAUAUAGUGACCUUUUCCUUGAAGGAAUAAAGAAAAAGUUAACGUAUGAAAGGAAAAGAGAAAAAUAUAAAGUUGAAUUUAAUAUAUAUUCCCAACUUGUAAUACAUUAACAUGUUUGUAUACUUCGAAGACUCUUCUUCAAGUCAGACUAUAUGGUUCCCACACGCAACCUCAAGUUACAACUUUAUAUAUUUUCGUAUAUUCUUGACUAUGCUCUAUUUUACAUAUCCAGUCGUCAUAUCAUUGGGAAGAUGUAAUAUCUUUCUUUUAAUUAGAAUUCACAUAUACUGUCGACAUGUUAUGUAUCAGUUGCAAUCCUAAACUAAAUUUUAUAGACUUGAUAUGAAUUCUUUAAGUUAAAAACAAAUCCGAGUAAAGUCAACGAUGUCCCUUGGGUUACUGAUAGCUCUGAUAAUUCUGUCGUAGUACCGCCUGUUUCCCCCACCACAAAUCAUUAUUCUAAUGUAUUGAAAAAUAUAAUUAAAAAAGUCUCAAAAUCAUCAAACGUCUUACAUAAAAAAACACAAUUUAAUUACAUCUUAUAAGAUCUCUUCAAUCUCCCCCCACUACUUGUUACACCAGUCUGUUGUUACAUUUCUUUCGUAUUCAUCGAAACAAACAAACGGAUCAUUAUGAGCUCUGACAACAGAAACAAUGAUCACGUAAUCGAUCCCGACCGUUUGUUCUGGCAAAACACGGCUUCUUACAAUGGCAGCAGCAAGAUUUUACUCGUAACCAUCGUAGCUUUCUCUAUUAUUAUCAUCAUCGUCUUUACUUAUCAUCUAUACGAAAGAUUCAUCGUCCGCCGCCGUAGAUCCACCUUCCAAGGCCACUCUUUCACAGUUGUUACUCAGCCGCCCAAACGUGGCCUCGACAAAGUUGCCAUUGCUUAUCUCCCUACAUUCGUGGUUGGAGUCAACGGUGAUAACGUACCAGCUACGGAAUGUGCGGUGUGCCUAACCUUGUUGGAGGAGAAAGAUACGGCGAGGAUGUUACCGAACUGCAAGCAUGUUUUCCAUAUGACAUGCGUUGACACAUGGCUCACCACACACUCUACUUGCCCCAUUUGUAGAACUGAAGUCCAGCCGAAUCAAAGGCUUGAGCCUGAGCCAAGAGAAGGGCCAGUUGGUGACGGUGCAUCUUCGUCGGAGUACAAGAGUAGCGGGUCAACGGUUGUGCGGUUAGAUUCGUUUAGGAGGAUUUUGACAAGGGAAAGAUCUUUGGACAGGAACGAUCAUUCUGGCGUUGACCAAGAUCGUGUAGUAGAUCUUGAAAGACAAUGAAUAAUAAGUACUCUUGUUCACGGUACAAUAGUAAUCUUGUUCCUUUAUAAUUUCAAUCUUCUUACUAAAAUCUUUUGUAUGUUACUGUACAAAAUACACAUUAGUUCAAAAAGCUAUUGUUUUAACGUGCGAAAAGAAAAUAAUAAGUGUUGAACUUGUAAAAUAUAAUUCAGACAACCAGAGUCGUGCUAAAGAACAUUUAAAGCAUUGGCUUGGGCAGCAUUUUUUUUAUGAUUUUAGAGCAGCAAAUAAUAUUUAAAUGAUAUUUACCUUUUAUUAUUUAUUUCUUCAAAAUAUGGUAUUGUGUAUAUUUUAUAAGGUAUUACAAUAAAGUAUAUUUUUAUGAUUAUAGACCACUAUUAAUAUCCUUAGAUCGAUUUUUAUAUUAUUUUUAUAACUGUAACCAAAUUGGUGACUGAAAAUAUUGUUUAUGUUAAAGAUGAUAUUUUGUGUGUUACAGUUUUGUUUUACAAUUUAAAUAUAACAAUAACAAUAGUUUUUUGGCUAAAAUUUUAUAUCAUAAAAAUAUAGUUUCAUUACAAAACAAUUUAAUAAAAGAUUAAAAAUAUUUGUUUCAUUUUUUUUUAGGUCAAAAUAUUAAGAUUUAUACCAUUUUUUUUAGAGUUUACAAUAUUGUGAAACACAACUUAUUACAAA